GUGUCCCUCGUCAGUGAAGGAAUCCGCACCGGUGCUAAGUUGUCUCCCGGAGGCGGUGUGAGGCGCUCGGGCUGCUCAACCUGCUGCUGCUGCCGAUCUUUCUUGCUUUUCAUUGCCCAAGGCAUUAAGAAUUCUCUCUCACCUGAUGAGCUAAAGACACCACCUGUAACAACUGCGAAAUAGAGCAUCGCCGACCUCCCCUUUCAGUGACAGUGACUGACCUCAAAUAUAAGAGUGGCUUUUCUGAAAACGACCUACCUGACUCAGAAUAAUGGAUAUAAAAGACAGAAGACACCGUUCUCUGACGAGGGGCCGGUGUGGCAAGGAAUGUCGCUAUACGAGUUCUUCACUGGACAGUGAGGACUGCAGAGUACCCACUCAGAAGUCGUACAGCUCCAGUGAGACCCUGAAGGCCUAUGAUCAUGACACCAGGAUGCACUAUGGAAAUCGAGUUUCUGACCUGGUUCACAGGGAGUCGGAUGAGUUUCCCAGACAAGGAACAAACUUCACCCUUGCAGAACUAGGAAUCUGUGAGCCCUCUCCCCAUCGAAGCGGCUACUGCUCAGACAUAGGAAUACUCCAUCAAGGCUAUUCCUUGAGCACGGGCUCCGACGCUGACUCGGACACGGAGGGCGGGAUGUCCCCGGAGCACGCCAUCCGGCUGUGGGGAAGAGGGAUCAAGUCCAGGAGAAGUUCCGGGCUGUCAAGUCGUGAAAACUCAGCGCUCACGCUGACCGACUCCGACAACGAGAACAAGUCAGAUGAGGAAAACGUUCUGCAUCCCUUCAAUCGUCGGCUGAUGGCUUGGGGCGUUGGUAACAGCCACCGUGUGGUCUUUCACCUCCGCUGCUCAUGUGAAAUCAGCACUUCCCACUCUUAG